UCUUCUUCCUAAAAGAAAGAAGACUUCAAGGUGAAUUUGCAGCAGCCAAUCAUAUUGGUUAGAAUAAUACGGAUCUCAGACUCCAUUCGAUUCCAGCGUUCAGUUCCCAUAAAACUUACAACAGCCAAUCAAAUUGCUUGAAAUAAAUUAAUCCUGAAGCUCAGUUCAAAUUCAACAUGUCUGGCUUUAGGUGCAGAUUCAUUUGUGGGGACAUUUAGUCUGUAUUGAAAUCAAAAUAGAAUCACGUUUUUUAGUUUCAAAUGAUGAAUGCGUCGAGUAGAGAGUCUUUAGAUGAUGUAUUUAAAAAAUGGGAGAAAAGGGGUGAAGAACGCCGUCAGAAUGGACCAUGUAGGAAUGUGAAUAAUUCUGAUGAAAAGUUUUCUGGAUAUGAUGCGAGACUAGGGCGGUCAGCAUGGCAGCGAAAAUUCGAAACCUCGUCUUUGCCUCGUCGAAAGCCAAAACAGAAGAAGAAACGAGAAAUUACGCAUUUUAUUUCUUUUGAAAAGGAGCAACUGCUAAAGAAUAGUCCAUUGAGAAAUCUAUUGGACAUGAGUGUGUUUUGUCGAAAAUACAUGUUCAGAUCAGCCUUUUGUGACAUGCUUUAUGUGGUUAACCUACCAAAGUGCAAAAGUGUAAUCCCAAGAAUUGAUAACAAAAAGAUUCUCUAUUCAAGACUACAAGAUGAAAAAGAAGCAAGCCCAAAGCAACUCAAUCAAGAAAGUAAGAAGAUAAUUGAUGGUAUGACAGGGAGAAUUAAUGCAUAUUUAACAAAGGUAGUUUCCUGGAUUCUCUUCAAGUUUCUGGGAAAUAUUCUAUCUAGUAUUCAUGUACAUGAAGGACAGACUAUGCUACUCAAAGAUCUCAAUCAGGCCAACACUCCUUUGGUUUAUUUGAUGAUUUAUAAAAAUCACAUAGAUUAUGUUUUGCUUCCAUUCAUUCUCAACUGGUAUGGGAUAAAGGUACCAUACUUUGCUAUUGAAGAUGGUCUUAAGAAUAUCCCAGUCUUAAGUUACUUGAUGAGAAACGUUGGAGGGUUCUUCGUUAGAAAACAUCCCUGUAUGAAAACACUAAAAGAUAAACUUUAUAACAUUAUAUUGGAUGAAUAUAUCGCAAAAAUUCUUGUAACUGGCAACAAUCUUUCGAUUCCUCUUGAAACGAAUGUUCUGUCUUCUGUAAUGUCAGCAGUCCAGCAAGGUCGAGUUCAAGAUGUCAUGAUUGUUCCUGUUGCUAUUUCGUAUGAAAAGAUUCUACUUGAUCAUCGAGAAAUGACGCUUGAGGUUCAGGGUGCUGCAAAAUCCACGAAAUCAUUCUUCAAAACUAUGAAAAAUCUAUUGGCGACUUACCGAACUUAUUUUGGUCAAGUUAGGAUUAAUUUUGGAAUGCCUGCCUCACUUACGGGAUAUGUUAAAAACUUUCAAUCAUCAGAAUUUUGGAAAACAACAACUGAUGCUUCAAAAUUUGAUAUCUUAAGUAAAAAGGAUAAGUCUCCUGACGAAAGUCUAGUGAUGGGAAUUUCAAAUCAUAUUGCUUAUGACUGUGUUCAAAACUCCACGAUUAUGGCGACUAACGCGGUAGCUUUUCUUUUAUUGACAAAGUUUAGAGAGGGUGUGAAAAUGAAGAAAAUCGAUCAUGAACUCGAAUUGUUGAAGAAAGAUAUUGUUGCCCGAAAAAGAGGAUAUGGCUUUAGUGGUAAGAACGAAGAGGUCGUUCUUCAUGCUAUCAGGCUUCUUGAUGAACAUGUUUCUUACAAGUCGGAAACAAAUUUCAUCCAACCAAUUCUUACGUUGCCAAGUCUUCUCGAGCUCUCAUUCUACGCAAGACAGGUUUUUUCUGUGUUUAUAUUCGAAGCAAUCGUAGCUUGUUCCAUUGCUGCUCUUCUGACUGGGCAAAAUCUUACUUUGUCCGAGUUGAUUUGUCAACCAACCACUCUUUCAAGAAGAGAAUUGUUAAAUGCUUCAUUGGAUUUGUGCGAUCUUCUACAAAAAGAAUUCAUUUAUACACGUCCAUGUGUGUCUUUGGAAUCACUUCUUAUUGAAGCGAUUGAUAUGUUUAUUGCUGCUGACAUAUUGAAAGUGUGUGAGGACGCUGGUGGUAAAUCACGUCGAAGAGAAUGGGCCGAUCGACUUGCUCUUUCAACAGCGUGGUCCGACGACGAGGAUAGCGGAGAUGAAGUGGAAAUAUCCGACCAGGAGUACAAGAUGGGUUGCUCUGAUGAAGCAUUGGAAAAGAUGAGGUUUUUUACUACAAUGCUUUCGCCAAUUAUAGAGUCGUAUUGGUUUACAACUCUUCAACUGUCAACUCUUACGUCAUCGCAAAUAGACGAGGAUGAGCUGAUUUUAUACGUUCACGAGGCUGCUAUUGAGAGAUUCAAAAAUCGAACUGCCUUCUUUGGUGAAAGCUGCUCCCAAUUGUUGAUAACGAAUGCUUUGGAGAUCUUUAAGAAGUAUAAUAUUCUUGUUCGAGAGAAAGAUGGUCAACGAGUUACGUUGAACAGUUCUCGUAAGGAACUUAUACAGUUAGCAAACACUAUAAAUCAAUAUAAAACCUAGUCAUGGUAUGAUUAUCGUUUUAUACCAAAGUUUAAGAUUAUGUUGCAUCGUGCACGAUCAGUUUUAGCAUCAUUGGAUCGACCGUGUAACGUUAGAACAUGGUGUGUUUGUCCGCCACUCAGCGCACGAAGCGUAUAUACGUUUCAUGUAUCUGUUUUAAUUGAAACACUGUCUUAUAUAAACAUAGGUCAUAGUGAUUAAUACCUGUCAUGUAUCUGUUUUAAUUGAACACUGUCUUAUAUAAACAUAGGUCAUAGUGAUUAUAUUAAUUGUUACUUUGUAAA